GUUCACAACAACUGAUAAAUGCUCGUCGUGUAACCUGUAUAUUAUCUUAAUUCGUGGUGUGAACUAUUGUGUAAAUUAAUAUUUUAUUACAUAAUUUUUUUUCAAAUUACAUACAAUUAACACACGGUAAUACAAUUUCAUACAACACUUAACCUAACUUAAAAGUAUUUGGUUGAACAAAUCUCGUCAUAAUUUUGGGUAAUAUUUGUUAUAAUUGGAUAUAUUUUCGUUAUUUUUGUUAAGUUUUAGAUUCUGAGUGAAACUAGGAAUGUAUUGGUUUUACAAUUAUGUUUCUAAAGGUAAUCGUUGAUAAAAUUCAUUCUACAGCCAUUGCAAAACCACCGUUUUGCUUUGAGAUUCUUAUUUACUUUGACACAUGUAAAAUGAGACCAUUCUAGACAUCUGUUGCAGCAAUUGGAUUUUGUUCCAGCAUCUUUUGUACACACCGGACAAAUCCAUGUGGAAUGUUGUUUUUUUGGAUUAUAAUCUGUUCGACAGCAGCUCAACCAUCUGUUGUGAAAAAUUGUUUGAUUGUUGUAACUACUAUAGUGUCAUCUGUGAUUGCAUUUGAUACAGUUUCAGGUGUACAUUCAAUAUCACCUUCGUUAAUGUGAUAAUUUGUUUUAAUUGCAAUCAUAACCAAGUCUAUUCCUACAAUCUAAUUCAACAUUUCAUAUUGUUGCAUCGCCAAAGGAAGGUUUUGAAAAGAAACCAACUUUAAUGAAUUAAUUUUUCUUUUUUUUGGAACGCCAAUUGCUGUUAAAUUGUUACCUAUAAUUAUUGUAAUUUGAUUAACUAAAUUAUUAGUGAUAUUAUACAACCAAAAAUUGAAAAUCACCUUUUAAACGGUCUCUUUUUAGUAUCCUAGAUAGUAGUAUCGGUUACUCGACUAUUGUAGGAUGUUGAUCGGAUUCCACAAGGAUUUCAUCAGGAUUAUUUUUUUCCAAUUUGAAUUGUAUUUUUACUUUUAUUUAAAAAACUGUCUAUUUAUAUAAUUAAUAAUUAAUUAAUAAUAAUAUAUAAUUUAGAGUAAAAUAUACAUUUAAAAGGUCAAACCUAUUUGGAUUAGUUCAAUUUCUUCCUCUCUUUCCCAAACAUCGGAAAUGUAUUUUAAUAAUUUUUAACUACCCCAAAGAAGCCAAAUGUUUAGCUUUGACAUGUGCAUGAUGAAACUUCUCAUGUUGAUUAAUAAUCCGUUUUUUAUUUGCAGUAGUAGCGACUUCAUUAGCUGACUUAAUUACAUUCCUCCAUAGUAUUAGGUGACUGACAAAUAUUUGUUGAUGGAAUCACUCUACAUAUUUCGUUAUAGUAUGAUACUUAAAAAAUAUUACCUUACUGCAAAUCAUUAUGUUCAGUUAUAAAGGAUUUUAUUAUUAAUUUAUUGCCACUUUCAUUUAAUCUUACAGUUAAAUAAACCGGACUGUUUGAACGAAAAGAACUGAAAGAAAAUUUAAGUUAUUUAAAAUUUGUAAAUUAUAAAUAUUAUUUGAGUUAUACUUUUGUUGUGGCUGAACACUAGUUGUUUUGCUCUUAUACUGUCCACCUCUUACACGCAUAUAAUUUAGAGCAACAUAUUCUAAUAGUGGAUUUGUAUAUCUUUUCAAUUCUUUUUUCCUCGGACUUUCUAUUGUACGAGAACUGAACUUGGUUAAGUUGUACUGUGUUGUUUCAUAAAUAUGUAUGACAUUUUCUAACUAUUUGAGUAGAAAAUUCUUGCCCUAUUGCAAGUUCUGAAGACUGAGAUAACAAUAAGUGUUAAUAAUAUUUAAUUUACAAAUGUAUAAACCGUCUUACUUGACUCUGAAUUAGUAUUUAAGUUGUUCAUUUUGUUAGUAUUGAUUAAAAAAAAAUAUUGUUACUUUAAAUUUUGUCAUUAAUACAAAUUGAAUAUGUUACUACACAUAAAUUAAAUAUAACCUAAUCAGAUUUAUAGUCAAAAUUAUAGUCCAAUUUCUAGAGAUUACAACUUACAAGUAGUUAACUUUUGAUAAAAGUAUAAAUAUCAGUGAUAAUUCCAAUACUAAUAUGAUACAAAAUUAAUAAAUAAAAAAAUAAUAUUAUCUAUUAGAUUGAGUAUGUAGUAUACUUAUACAUUAAGUUAUAAUAAUAUAUCUAAUAAUAAAUAAAAGCACACAUAGUAAAACCAUUAGAUGCCUUGUUACACUUCGAAUUUAAAAUAUUAGUUUUUAUUAUAAUAUUAUUUAAAUUUAUGCGGGAAAUUUUGAUACAUUAUCAUAUCUUUAGUGCUUAUCAAUAGACUCUACCGCGAAGAGAUAAUAGCUAUAUACAACGUGUUUCUGCUUUACUACCAUCUUUAUCAUUGUUACGACCAAUCAGUGGGCAGAAAUUGAACUUCGUGAAAACAUAUAGGUUCACGUCUGACAUCAAAAUAGUCACUGCCUUAUUUUUUACGCCGGUGUUACAAUUUUGUCAACAGACUCAAAAUGGAAAACGCUAUAGCGGUGCCGUUGCUCGAUCAGUUCGUGCUGUCCGUCAGGAAUCAUUCCACUUCGAAACAGAGUGAGUAACCUGGGAUUCGUCUUGCCCUUAUAAUCGAUAUCUUUCCACAAAAUUUCCUCAAUUUCCGUUCGAAUUAUUCACUGUAUGUACGGAUUUAGUUAUUGAGAGUUUGAGAAUUCGUUUGUCACCAUUAAUUUAAUUUAUUAUUAUUUUUUUUUUUCUUACAUCAGCUUUCAUUAUAACUUUGAUUUAUGAUGUGAUUUUAAAUGAUGUUUAGGUGUUAAAACAAUUAUUUUUUUUAAAUUAUAAUAUAUUCUAGUAUAAAUAUGUGAUACUACAUACCUAAUUCAUAUUAUUUUUUAGUUGACAAUCGAGAUCUUGUCGAUUAUCUUGCGAAACAAACUGAAACCUUGCAAAGUUAUGUAUCCAAUUUAGACAGUGUACUUGAGGCACUCGAUGUUCACCAGAACGCGUUGGCAGUAUUAACUGUUUUGGGCAUUAAGACUUCUGCCCAACAACUUGGUGAUAUAUCUGCCGUUCAAUAUCAUACUGUGACAGCAACACAAAUUCAUGAUUUUGUUAUUUCUGUCAGCGAUAGACAGCUUAGAGAUAUGGCUGACCUGUGUGAGUAAAUAAUUUUUCUAACAAUAUGAUUUUAUUUCAACACAAUUUGUUUGUCUUUUAUUUUUGCAGUGUAUAAUGUGAUGAAAUCUAUGUUGAAGAGCCUCGGAAGUGUGGGGAAGCCUAUGUUCGCCAUUCCUAUUCUAAAAAAUGCUAUAUUUAAAUUGCAAGACAAACCAUAUCAAUUAACUCAACUUCAUUGUCUUUUCUGCCAAGCAUGUUUAAUGUCCAAUAAUCUAAAACCUGCAAUAAAUCUUUUGGAUCAGAAUAUAUAUGUUUUGGGAUCUAAUGAUGAUGUGAGUAUUAUUAUUCUUUGUACAAUAUUUGCAUAUAUUAUCCACUGAUACUCCCUCCAAACGAUAAUAACUAUUCAGACAAUUGGCAUUCUUUUUUGGUAAUAAAAAUUAUCGCUCAAUUUUUGUAUUGAAAUGCCAUAUACUUAUCUAGGUCAGAAAAAUUUUAACAUAAUACAAUUUAACAUAACUUUGUAGUAUGGUUAAUUUUUCUACCAAAUAAUAUAUACUCAAAUUGUAAAUUAAAUAUUGAAAUAUUCAAAAAAGAUAAUGAUUAGGAGUUUUUAAUUGAAUUUCUUAUUUAUUUAUAUACUGUAUGAUUCACUAAGCGUGCUCAUCCAAUUUUUUUUUUUUUUUUUUUUUUGGUUAAAUUUUUGGAAUUUUUAAGUGUAGGUAAAGCCGAUAUUUUCAUAUACCUACUUGGAUUUAUAGCAAUAUUUAAUAUCCUGGGAUAAUACUACCUUUGGCUUUUCAAAUGAGAACCUUUAUUAAAAAUUCCAUAAAUAGAAUUAAGUAAUACUUUAAAUACAUUUUGGUGUUAACAUUUUUAAUUUCCGUCAACCUGUUAAUGAGAUAUUCCACUUUUAUGUUUAGGUAGGGGAGAGUAGUGGAGCACUAAUAAAAAGCAGUAUGCCGUACCACCAAAUAAAUUAAAUACUCUACUACUCUAACCCUACCUAAACUUAAAAGUGAAAUAUCUCGUUAACAGGUUGACAGAAAUCAAACAUUUCAACACCAAAAUGUAUUUAAAGUAAUACUCUGUCUAUUUAUGGAAUUUUUAAUACAUGUUCUUAUUUGAAAAAUUUAAGUUGGUGUCACCACAUGAUACUCCUUAAAUGUUGUAAAAAAUCUAAGUAUUCGGAAAUAUUGGCUGCUUUAAUUACACAUAAAAAUUCCAAAAAUUUAAUCAAAAAAAAUAAGAUGAGCACACUUAGUGAAUCAUUCUGUAUAUAUGAAUGGGUGUUUACAGCCUUUGAAGUAUAUUAUAAAAUAAAUUAACUAUAAUAUAUAUAGACAAAAAUAAUUGAAAAUUUAGUAUAAGUAAAAAUAGAAUAUUAGAAUAUAAAAAUAAUAGGUAAUUGUGGCUUAUAGAUUAACUAUCUGUGUUCAUAAUAAUAACAACUCUAUAUAAUGGUGUGAUUAUGUUUAUAAGUAACAUCAAAUUGAUGACUUUGUAACUAAGUUUCCUUUUUGGGAAGGUGAAAUGCAUACUUCAAACAUGUCUUAAUAACUUUUUUAAUAGCAUCACCUAUUUUUGACAUAAGAUGAAAAUAAUAAUUUUUUAAAGUAACUUUGAUUACUAAAAUCUUUAUUUAAUCCUAAAAAAUUCCCUGAGAUUCAAUAAUUUAAAGUUGGUUAAAAAGACAUGAUUUUUAUUGAAUAUCCAGAAAAAAUUUGAUGAUCUAUUUAAGUGGAUAUAGUCAGUAUCUCGGAAAAUAUUACCUUUUUUUCAUUAUUUAUUUUUUAGAACAUUUGAGGGUCCGAGCAACUCAUUAAUUUUACAUUGGUGUUAUAUAUUUGUCCCCCUUAUUUUUGGAUGUAAAACCACUAUCUACUUUUGAUUUUCAUAUAACGACCUUUAUUUCAAUACCAUAUAAAGAUUGAUGGUUUAUUAGUUUAAAUUAAUUUUGGUGUUGAAAUUGUUGAUUUCUGUCAAUCUGUAACGAGAGAUAUUCUACUUUUAAGUUUAGGUAGGGAUAGAGUAGUGGAGUAUUAUUUGUGUGGCAUCAUGGUAUACAGCGUUUGAAUAGUGCUCCAUUACUCUCCCCUAUGUAAAGUUAUCAAUUUAUACUGCUAAAAAUAUUUAGUGUUAUUUAUAAAUAUGCGAUUACACUAUAUAUUGUAUAAUAUAAUGAUAUUUGCUGAAUUUUGUUUUUAAAUUGACUAAUGAUGAAAUGGAGUUCCAUUACUAUUUUUAAUUUAAUUUUUGUAAUUAAAUUAAACUUUAAAGUGGAAAAUAUUGGUUACUCUAUGUAAUUUGUACACUUUGAUGGAAAUUUGGUUUACAUUUGAUUAUUGUAGUCUAUUUUUGUGUGAGAGAUGUAUCAUGUAAUUAUGUCUUGUAUUUGUCAUUGUUACUUGAAAUUUAAAUUUUUCAAUAAUGUUAGGGGCAUCAAUCAUCCUUUUUAAAUGAUCAUAGAAAAAAUAUAAAGUAAUUUAUAGAUCUUCUAUGAGUGUUUUUGUUUUUAUUCAAUUUUUUUAACUCAAGAGUUUACAAAAAAUUUUAUUUUGUACUUUUAGAUUUCAAGCGUUGUGAGGGAGCUAUUGGUUUUACAAUUAUGUUUAUUUUUUGUUCUAGUCUGUGGACACAUUUUUUCCUAGUAAUCUUGUUUUAACUUGUGUAGCAACUUUUCUGAAAGUUCAAGUUGUCUAGAUUAUACAUUAAACAAGUCAUUUUUUGGUUGUUUGAUGCCGUUUUUUAAAUAAAAGCACUUGGGAAAGUGGGAAAAUGUAGGAAAACUUACAAUUUCAUAUUUUCAUUAUUUUAUAAAAACACAAAUGACGUUUUCUACUAGAAAAAAUGAUUUAAUCGAAAAAUCACAAAAUGAUUUUUUGAUUUAAUUUCUUACAGUAUCAUCGCCAAAACGUUUGAGCCACUAUUGAGCUUUUAAGGAAUUUUAAUUUUUGGGAGUUUUUUGCUGUAAUUCGUUUAUAAAUACAUGUAGAGACUUGAAACUUGGUAAUAAUAGUUAUAUUAUAUUUACUUAGGUGUGGUUAAAUUUCCAAAAACAUCAGACAACUUUUUUUCCUUUUUUUUUAAUAAGUGUUUUGAAAUCAAAUUUAAAUGAAAAUCGCAAAAAAAAUUAUGGCACUUCAAAUUAUGUAUUACUGAACUGCCCUCGGAUUUGUCUUUCGUCAAGCAAUGGUUUAUUGUUGCUUACAGAUAUAAAUGAAAUAACCUUAUAAACCCUAUCUUCCCUACUUCUCACCUACAACACUGGCUGCUCCCAACCCCAGUAUAAGUUGUUGUUUUUUUCUAUCUUUUACAUGUCUAUAUUAAAUACUGGGUUUUUCAUAUUAUAAUAUUAUUAAAAAAUCAGUUAUUAUAAAUCAUUACCUAUAUUUUAUAAAAUGUACCUAAUUUAGAUUUUUUUUUUCAGCCUGGAAUUAUAUUUGAUUCAAAAUUCUUUUUACAUUAUUAUUAUUUGGGUGGAGUUAUCUAUACAGCGAUGAAAAAUUAUUCAAAAGCAAUUUCGUUCUUUGAAAUUGCCCUUUCGACAUUACUUCCUGUGAUGUCUCAAGUCAUGAUAGAAUCAUAUAAAAAGUUUGUUUUGGUCUCAAUUAUACAUUUAGGAAUAGUACCUGCACUUCCAAAGUUAUCACCGCCCCUCGUCGAAAGAGUGCUCAAACCCGUGUGUCAAGCAUAUUUGGAUAUUAUACCAGCUUAUCAAAAUGGCGAUCCUGCUGAUUUACAAAGCAUAAUCACUAAACACAAUGAUGUUUAUCAAAGGUUUACAAUAGUUACAAUUAUUUUUGAUUCUCAACUCAAUAAAAUUUACUAAAAAAAAUUUUUUUUUUUAUAUAUAUAUAUAUACUUUUUUAGAGACAAAAAUACAGGUUUAGUCAAACAAGUUCUAAAAGCAUUGUACAGAAAGAAUAUACUUAAAUUGACCAAUACAUUUUUGAAUUUAUCAAUUUCUGAUUUAACACAAAAAGUCAAUAUUCCUAGUAUAACAGAAACGGAAGAACAUUUAAUGGCUUUGGUAGUUCUUUCUUUUUAUCAUUUUUAUAUUUACUAAUGUAAAUAAAUAAAUAUAAAUUUCAAAUUUUAGAUUGAAGCUGGUGAAAUACAUGCUAAAAUCAAUCCUAAAGAUGGUACAAUUAUAUUUAAUGACCCAUCCAAAAAAUUUGAAGACUCCAAUGUUCUCAAACAAAUUUUAGACAAAGUAAAUUAUUUUUUAUACCUGAACAUAGAUAAUGGCUCUUGUGUUCUAUGAUUUGUCUGUUUUUCAGGUAACCAAUAAGAUAUCGUUUAGUAAUACGCUGCGAUUGUUGGAUGAAGCUAUUUCAAUAAAUCCAUUGUUUAUUAAAAAAAUUAGUUGUGAAGAUGAAGGAUUAUCCUUAGGACAAGGGUCGUCCAAGACUUAUCAAGUAUGAUCAAAGGUUCAUCUCGGAAACAAACGUAAUAAUUGUCCAAAGUGUAUUAUUCUAUAAUGCAUUUCUUGUGCAUAUUGUAUAUCGAAGUAUACUUUCUCAACACUUAUGUUUAUAUUAUGUAGUGAAAUCACCAAUUGAAGAUACAUUUAUAUAUAUAUAUCUACUUUCUCUACUAUACAAUAUGAAAACUAAAAAAAAAAUACAUCUACAAUGAAUUACAAUGUAUUUUGUAUUCAAAUUUGAUAUGUAUGGUGUAACAGGACUAUUUGACAUUCUUACAUUGUAGUUACUUGUAAAUAUGUCAAAUAGUUCUGUUACAUUCUAUAUAUACUAAAAAAAAUAUACAAAUGGUCAAAACUAAUAUCAAUAAUUGAGUGAUUAAAUUGUAUUUCAGUAUUGAUUUUCCAUUAAAAUUUUUCAUAUGAUAUUAUGUUGUAAAUAUGUUGAUAUUAAGGAUUAUUAAAACCACCAUCCACAAACGUCUUUAAUAAUGAGC